AUGGAUGCCUUGUCUCGAAUUUUAUGUGUUUUCGUUGGAACAUUGGUAAAAUUUUAUCAACGAUGUACUACGGCCAUAUGCCCUCUGGUCCCAAUGCUCGUGUCUUGGCCAAACGUGGAAGAAAGAUCAUGGAUCAAGGACCAAUUUCAAGUCAAGCGUGGCUUCUCUAGCCUACUUGGCCAUAUUGAUAGGAUAACCUUUCCGUUUCUACGAGCGUCUUCAUAUGACAAGGAUGACUGGAUUACAAGAUAUGGUGACUUUGUCAUGGGAAUUACUGUUUGUCCUGGAAGCUGUCAUGAUUCCUCGGCCUACAAGAGUACACAACUCUAUACGCACAAAGACAGGUACUUUUCAGAAGGCGAAUGCAUCAUCGGAGAUGCGGCAUAUGGUCUUGCCCUGCCCUUAUGA